ACACACAGUUUGGUCACACUGCCGACCAGCGAACAUAUUUCAUUGUGUCGUAUUUAAGACGGGGCAACGGCAACGGCAGUCAAUCAGUUUUAAGCACAGUCCAAAAUGUUAUUUAAAUCAAUUGUUCCGCUGCUGUGCGCCGCCUGUGCAUUAAGCAUUUCGCCAUAUUUGGCCAGAGCCGCCACCGACGAGGAGCAAAAACAAACAGAUCAAAAGCAAUUCGCCAUCGAACUGGACCCGGAAACAUUCGAUGAGGUUAUUGGUGCCGGCAAUGUCUUUGUUAAGUUUUUUGCGCCAUGGUGCGGCCACUGCAAGCGUCUGCAUCCAUUGUGGGAGCAGCUGGCUGAGAUCAUGAAUAUCGAUGAGCCCAAGGUGAAGAUUGCCAAGGUGGACUGCACAAAGCAUCAGACACUGUGCGCCGAUCAUCAGGUGACCGGCUAUCCAACGUUGCGACUCUUCAAAUUGGGCGAGACGGAAUCGGUGCGAUUCAAGGGUACCCGGGACUUGCCAGCGAUUACCGAUUUCAUCAAUCAGGAACUGAAUACGCCCGCCUCCGAGGAUCUGAGCGGUCAACAGUUGAAGGAUGAACAGAAUCCGAAUUUGGGCAAGGUCGUUGAGCUCACCGAGGAUACGUUCGCCAAGCACGUCUCGAGUGGCAAUCAUUUUGUGAAAUUCUUUGCGCCCUGGUGUAGUCACUGUCAGCAUUUGGCGCCCACGUGGGAGGAGCUGGCCAACGCGCUGGUUAAGGAGCCGGCGGCAACGAUAUCAAAAAUCGAUUGCACUCAAUAUCGGAGCAUCUGUCAGGAUUUCGAGGUGAAGGGCUAUCCGACGCUGCUCUGGAUUGAGGAUGGCAAAAAGAUUGAGAAAUAUGCUGGUGCCCGUGAUUUGGCCACACUGAAGACCUAUGUGGAGAAAAUGAUUGGUGCCCCCAGCGGCAGCAACGAUGUAAACGAUGCCACCAAAGAUGCACUGGACGCAACCAAAAAACAAACCGUACUCCAAUUAAAUGGCAAAGAUGAAUUCGAACAGGCAACCGCCGAUGGCAUCACCUUCAUCAAGUUCUAUGCACCAUGGUGUGGACACUGCCAAAAAUUGCAGCCCACCUGGGAACAGUUGGCAACGGAGGCGCUGGCCAGCGAUGCUGGCAUAUCUGUUGCCAAAGUCGAUUGCACAUCGCCGGACAACAGACAGAUCUGCAUCGAUCAACAGGUCGAGGGCUAUCCGACGCUCUUCCUCUAUAAGAAUGGCCAGCGGCAGAAUGAGUACGAGGGCAGCCGAUCCCUGCCCGAACUGCAGGCCUAUAUCAAGAAAUUCAUUGGACACGAUGAGCUCUAAAUCCCAACCUGAAAUGAACAACAACAACAACAGCGACAACAACAACAAAGACAUAUACACAAUAACAUUAACGAUUGUCAUCAUCGCGCCAAAGUCAUCCAAUUUCUGUUAGCCUGCCUCUAUGUGGGCAUCCUUUAAUAGAGUUGUGCCAUUUUUUUUUUUUUUUGGUACAAGUAGGCAUCCAUUUACAUAAAUAGCAAAAAAGAAAAGAUGAGAAACAUUUGAAAAGACAGCAAAAAAAAAAAGAAAAGAAAAAAAACAAUCAAUUUGUAUUUGAAGUAAUGGAAUUAUACAAUUUAGUUUUGUGUUAGUUGCUCGUGUUGUCCUUUUAGCUGCAUUACUUUGCUUGUUUACUUGCUCUUAAGUUUUGUUUCACAUGUGCCAAAUAUCAAUUUCGAGAUGAGAUAUUAUAUGUUGUAGAAACAUUUGAAUUUAAAUAUAGUCUAUUUAUGUACAACAACAACAAGUAGGAAUAUCUGGCAUGUUUGAUCUCAACUUUCCACUUUCCAACAUUGAACAUCUCUUUUAGUUUUUGUUUUAAGCACAAUUCUUGUAAAUGAAUUUAUCCUUUGAAGUAACCUAAUAAAAACAAUUUUGGAAUCGU